AAACUCCCGGGGCAACAGGGCAGGUUCCGGAUAAUCUUCCUUUCAAGGCAAAACCAUUGAAAUCGCCCUGCAGGGUAAAUGAUGAUCAAUGUCUCCGCCUCUUAAUCCUGACCAACCCCAUCCGGGGGCCCUUAGGAUACAGACACAUACAUGCUGGAGAGGGUGGGUGCGACUAUAACAUUCUGACGGGGAUUUUAUAUAAUAAGGGCUGAGAGCUGCCGAUUAAUUACUGUAACUGCUAAGGGAGCGUCGGCCAUGAAACGUGUAAUUCUGGUGCUGCUUCUGUGCGCGACUCUGUGCUGCGUCCUGUACUGCGCCGACGGGUUACCAACCAAUUUUGCCCAUUGCUGUACGGAAGUUGCUAGAAGGAUCCCCCGCAACCUUCUGCCCCAUGUGACCGGGAUGCGAAUACAGAAAAAUAACGGAAUCUGUAACAUUCGGGCAGUUGUGCUUCAUGUUAACAAUAAACAGAUCUGUUUGGAUCCCAAGAACAGAAGCCUCCAGAAAUGGAUCCAGAAGCGCCACCCUAAGAAGAUGAUGUGAGAGGGUCACGUGAUCCGUAUCCAUGGCCCAGUAACCCUGGAUACCGUAUAUCCCGAGUAAAGUUCCGGGGGCAGGGAUCCCCCAUGCACUAAGGCCACAGCAGUAGAUUAACCCAUCAGUUUCUGGAUCACACAAAUAACUACUUAACAACUGGCACACAGUCUCUCAGCACAAAUUAACAGCAGUUUCAGGUUUAACGACACUGAGAAGCAAUUGGUUUUCCCACUCAGGGUUUAAGCUUUUUAACUAGUUGCUAUAAAUCUAGUGUAGGGGUUUGCCCAAAAUGGGUCCCUUAGGACAGACACCCCUAGGACAGGCCACAGGGUGGUGCUGGUAAAUGGGAUAUUAGGAUGACUGGUUAUCAACAGUUAACAGAGUAUCCCUGCAGUUCCGGUUAUAGCCACAGGGGGGUGUAUAGCAUUAUAUAAGGGGAUGCAGCCAUGUGCUGUGGGGCAGACAUUUUAGUCCAGGGACUGCUCCAGUAGAGGAGUUUAGGGACAGUAGUUCAUGUAAUAGAUCAUUCCAGGAGUGAUAUGUAGGUCACUUAGCUAGAAUGGGCGGAUAUUGCCCCUCCAGGAGUGGUAGUUGGGUUAAGACCCCGCCAGCAUUACAUCUGCAGGAGUGCAGGGCACAAAGUGGCUAGGUAGGUGGACCAAGUUACCGCUAGUCAAGGAGUCCAGAUCUGAGGGUGCCUACAGAGAGUACCGGGGUGGGUCCCUGUGGUGAGGCUGCCAAGCGUGAGUACCGGGGAGAGCUCCAAGAGGGAGUGUCUCCUGGCGAGAGAACCGGGGGGAUCACCUAGAUGGGAGCACUUGGCAGGAGUACUGGGGGGAUCACCUAGAUGGGAGCACUUGGCGGGAGUACCGGGUGGAUCACCUAGAUGGGAGCACUUGGCGGGAGUACCGGGUGGAUCACCUAGAUGGGAGCACUUGGCGGGAGUACCGGGGGGAUCACCUAGAUGGGAGCACUUGGCGGGAGUACCGGGUGGAUCACCUAGAUGGGAGGGGAGCACUUGGCGGGAGUACCGGGGGGAUCACCUAGAUGGGAGCACUUGGCGGGAGUACCGGGGGGAUCACAUAGAUGUUACUAUGUAACAGGAAAAGGUUCUCAAUGGGAAGUGAGGAGUAACUGCCCUGCUGUGAGUUGUAUUCCGCUCCUGGAGAGGUUCUGCCUUAAUAAAGCAACUUAUCCGAUUCAUCAUA